AUGCAUUUAAGCGGAUCUGAAGUAAUUGCAGUAUUGUGUAUCACAACCGCAAUCUCUACUGCUAUAGAAGUGUUAACAACACAAGUGCAACAGCAGAGAAACUUCAUCAAUAACGAAAACAAAGACAACAAAAGCAACAUAAGUACUUCUUAUGAAUUAAACGUAUUAAAUGAAUUUCUUGAUUAUAAUCAGCUACAACGUGCCAUCAUUAUUUACACAUCAUCCACAAGAUACCAGGAUAAUGUUGUUAAGGAUAACUUUAUACAAUUGCCAUUAAUUCGAAAAUUAACAGAAAAUUAUCACAUACAAUUUGUAAAUACUUUAGCCACCAAUAACACUGAAUAUUUAUUUCAAUCGCAAAGAUCCGGCUUAGUGGUUUUUAUGAAAUAUGUAAGGGGCGAUAAAGGAAAAGAAAGGAUUUUGAAAGUUUUUUCAUUGAGAGAAAAGUUGAAUAAGUCAUUUGUGUGGUUGGUUUUAAUGGAAAAUUUGGAAAAUCCAUUGACUGAUAUUGAAGAUUACUUUGGCCAUUUAAAUAUAAGGAUUGAUGCUGAUUUUACUGUGGCUGUUCUUCGUAAUAUUUUUACCUUAGAUUUCUACGAUGUUUUUAAUAUUUGUUAUAAAUGUAGAGAACCUUUGCAAAUCGAAUAUAAAGGAAACUGGACUUUGGAAACUGGUCUCCAAAUACUAAAUAAAUUUCGCUUUGGUAUUGCUAGGCGCAGAAAUAAUUUUCAUAAUCGUUCUGUAAAGGCAACUACUGCGAUACUUAAUAAACCUAAAAACUAUAAUAGAUCGGAUUUAGAUUACCUUAGUGAUGACAAACAUUAUAUGGAAGAUGAUGCCAUGCAAAGGAAAACCUUUCAGUUGAUAAGGCUAAUGGAAGAUAUGUUCAAUUUAAGAUUUGAAAUCCAUUUUACUGAUAAAUGGGGAGCUGAAGCAAAUGGUAGCUGGUCAGGAGUUAUUGGUCUCUUAAAUACACAUCAAGUAGAAUUAUCCUUGUGCCCCUUAAGGUACUUAUUAACAAGAAUGCAAGUUAUUGAUUACUCUAGAAAUAUACAUACUGAAAAAAUACAUUUUCUAUUUCGCCAUCCUAAACGUACAAGUAUUCGCAAUAUAUUCUUUGAGCCAUUAGCAGACAUUGUUUGGUGGUGUAUUUUGGCCUUAAUUGUUGUUACAAUACUCAUGUUGACCAUACAUGUGCAUACGGAAUACAAACUAUUUACGAAAUUACAAAGACAAACGGUGGAGAAUCAUUUCGAUUUUAUUGUUUUAUGUAUUAUGGAAGCUAUAUUAAUGCAAGGUCCAGACCCAGAAUUAUUUCGCUGCAAUUCAACACGUGUACUUAUCAUCAGCGUAUCUAUAUUUUCAAUUUUGCUAAUGCAAUUCUAUGGGGCAUUCAUUGUUAGCUCAUUACUGUCAGAGCCACCACGUACCAUAACAAAUUUACAGGCUUUGUACAAUAGCAGCAUGGAGGUGGGCAUGGAAAAUAUAUCAUAUAAUUAUGAAGUUUUUAUCAACAACAAAAAUCCUUUAGUAAGCAAUCUGUACAAAUAUCGUAUUUGCAAUAAACAUACAAAUCAUGAGAAUAUAUUAACGCUUGAGGAGGGUGUCAAAAGAAUUGGCAAGGGAAAUUUUGCUUUUCAUGUGGCUAUCGAUCGGGCAUAUCGUCUGUUAAUAACUUUUCUAACUGAAUCUCAAUUUUGUGAUUUACAAGAAGUGAAUUUUCAUCAACCGUUUACAUUUUCCUCUGGAGUGGGCAUACGGAAAUCUUCACCAUAUUAUGAACAUAUUACUCUAGCAUUGGCCAUGUUUCAAGAGGCAGCCUUAUUGCCAUACAAUAAUAAAAAAUGGGAAGUAAAUAAAAUCGAUUGUACAGCCAUAAAAGGUGAAGAGGUCGAAGUUGAUUUACAACAUUUUGCACCAGCUUUAGCAUUUUUAUUUUUUGCAAUACUAAUAAGUCUUGUGGCUUUAAUUGUUGAAAUUUUGUAUAAAAAGUUUUCAUUACGAAUGAUUUAA